AUGAAGACCGGAUUCUGGACCGUGAUGGAUUUUACCUGGACUUUGGAGGAACGUGCAAUAGACCGAGUGAAACAUGAGACGGCCUUGUGCAGCACAUUCAGUUGCCUGGAAACAUCACAAACGAGAAAUUCAGCUGGGUUCCAUGUGAGUCUCCCGAAGAACCAAAUUAGUUUGCAAUUUAGUUUCGCUAAUUUCGUGUAA